AUGAGAUUUUUUUCUAUCUUUGACUCCACUGUAGCUCCUAUCUUCGAUCCUCUCUUUGACUCCACUGCAGCUCCUACCUUCGACUCCACUGCAGCUCCUACCUUCGAUCCUCCCUUUGACUCCACUGCAGCUCCUACCUUCGAUCCUCCCUUUGAAUCCACUGCAGCUCCUACCUUCGAUCCUCCCUUUGACUCCACUGCAGCUCCUACCUUCGAUCCUCCCUUUGACUCCACUGUAGCUCCUACCUUCGAUCUUCCCUUUGACUCCACUGCAGCUACGACAUUCGAUCUUCCCUUCGACUCCACUGUAGCUCCUACCUUCGAUCCUCCCUUCGACUCCACUGUAGCUCCUACCUUCAAUCCUCCCUUUGACUCCACUGCAGCUCCUACCUUCGAUCCUCCCUUUGACUCCACUGCAGCUCCUACCUUCGAUCCUCCCUUUGAAUCCACUGCAGCUCCUACCUUCGAUCCUCCCUUUGACUCCACUGUAGCUCCUACCUUCGAUCUUCCCUUUGACUCCACUGCAGCUACGACAUUCGAUCUUCCCUUCGACUCCACUGUAGCUCCUACCUUCGAUCCUCCCUUCGACUCCACUGUAGCUCCUACCUUCGAUCCUCCCUUUGACUCCACUGCAGCUCCUACCUUCGAUCCUCCCUUCGAAUCCACUGCAGCUCCUACCUUCGAUCCUCCCUUUGACUCCACUGCAGCUCCUACCUUCGAUCCUCCCUUUGACUCCACUGUAGCUCCUACCUUCGAUCUUCCCUUUGACUCCACUGCAGCUACGACAUUCGAUCUUCCCUUCGACUCCACUGUAGCUCCUAUCUUCGAUCCUCUCUUUGACUCCACUGCAGCUCCUACCUUCGACUCCACUGCAGCUCCUACCUUCGAUCCUCCCUUUGACUCCACUGCAGCUCCUACCUUCGAUCCUCCCUUUGACUCCACUGUAGCUCCUACCUUCGAUCUUCCCUUUGACUCCACUGCAGCUACGACAUUCGAUCUUCCCUUCGACUCCACUGUAGCUCCUAUCUUCGAUCCUCUCUUUGACUCCACUGCAGCUCCUACCUUCGACUCCACUGCAGCUCCUACCUUCGAUCCUCCCUUUGACUCCACUGCAGCUCCUACCUUCGAUCCUCCCUUUGAAUCCACUGCAGCUCCUACCUUCGAUCCUCCCUUUGACUCCACUGCAGCUCCUACCUUCGAUCCUCCCUUUGACUCCACUGUAGCUCCUACCUUCGAUCUUCCCUUUGACUCCACUGCAGCUACGACAUUCGAUCUUCCCUUCGACUCCACUGUAGCUCCUACCUUCGAUCCUCCCUUCGACUCCACUGUAGCUCCUACCUUCGAUCCUCCCUUUGACUCCACUGCAGCUCCUACCUUCGAUCCUCCCUUUGAAUCCACUGCAGCUCCUACCUUCGAUCCUCCCUUUGACUCCACUGCAGCUCCUACCUUCGAUCCUCCCUUUGACUCCACUGUAGCUCCUACCUUCGAUCUUCCCUUCGACUCCACUGUAGCUCCUACCUUCGAUCCUCCCUUCGACUCCACUGUAGCUCCUACCUUCGAUCCUCCCUUUGACUCCACUGCAGCUCCUACCUUCGAUCCUCCCUUUGAAUCCACUGCAACUCCUACCUUCGAUCCUCCCUUUGACUCCACUGCAGCUCCUACCUUCGAUCCUCCCUUUGACUCCACUGUAGCUCCUACCUUCGAUCUUCCCUUUGACUCCACUGCAGCUACGACAUUCGAUCUUCCCUUCGACUCCACUGUAGCUCCUACCUUCGAUCCUCCCUUCGACUCCACUGUAGCUCCUACCUUCAAUCCUCCCUUUGACUCCACUGUAGCUCCUACCUUCGAUAAUCCCUUCGACUCCACUGCAGCUCCUACCUUUGACUCCACUGUAGCUCCUACCUUCGAUCCUCCCUUUGACUCCACUGCAGCUCCUACCUUCGAUCCUCCCUUUGAAUCCACUGCAGCUCCUACCUUCGAUCCUCCCUUUGACUCCACUGCAGCUCCUACCUUCGAUCCUCCCUUUGACUCCACUGUAGCUCCUACCUUCGAUCUUCCCUUUGACUCCACUGCAGCUACGACAUUCGAUCUUCCCUUCGACUCCACUGUAGCUCCUACCUUCGAUCCUCCCUUCGACUCCACUGUAGCUCCUACCUUCAAUCCUCCCUUUGACUCCACUGUAGCUCCUACCUUCGAUAAUCCCUUCGACUCCACUGCAGCUCCUACCUUUGACUCCACUGUAGCUCCUACCUUUGAUCCUCCCUUUGACUCCACUGUAGCUCCUACCUUCAACUCCACUGUAGCUCCUACCUUCGAUCCACCCUUUGACUCCACUGUAGCUCCUACCUUCGACUCCACUGUAGCUCCUACCUUCGAUCCUCCCUUCAACUCCACUGCAGCUCCUACCUUCGACCCUCCCUUCGCCUCCACUGCAGCUCCUACCUUUGAUCCUACCUUCGCCUCCACUGCAGCUCCUACCUUCGAUCCUCCCUUCAGCUCCACUGCAGCUCCACCAAAAGUACUCGCUAUUCUCGAGAUGAAGGUGAAGACGCUGACUGAAGAAGAGCAUCAGGCUGAACUGUUUGAGGUUGGCAAAGUGCUGGAGAGUUUCUUAAGAGCAAAUUAUAUUGGCAACUUCUCUGUUAAAGUCACGAAAAUUAACAAGUUAUCACCAUAGAAAUUGUGCUAUUUUUGAGAUUUUUGUAUGAGGAUUGCCCUGAAAUUAUGAGGAAGUAUUCCUGUGAACUCUUGUGAAGAAAAUAAAAACAAGCAAAUCAU